AUGAAUGUAAAAGCGAAAGAAGCUCAGCCGAUUCUCAAGCGAGAUUAGCAUUACUUCAAGAUUGUUACUCUUUAUGUGAUGGACAAAUUUAAUUUCAAUCUUAUGAGAUAAUAAAAAGCGAAAGAGUUGAAUAAAUUUCACUAAACAAACAAAGCCUAAAGCACCAUAAGUAAUCAAUAGAAACCUGAAGUAUCCUAAAGCAAUAUUGGAAAGAUUUCAAAUGAAUCUUCAGGACAAAAGGCUGGAGAAAUUGACCAGCUUUCGUAAUACAGUGGAAGUCAUUUAAAUCUAAAUGAAGAGAUUAAAGUGAUUCAGAGCAUCGAUCAAAAAAUGAAGUUAGGCUAUGUAAGAGUAAAAAGAAGCGCCAGUACACCGAUAAAGUAAAUCCCUAACCAUUUUAAUCAUGGUGACAGAAAUUAUAAGAAAUGUAUAGUUUGUGAAUGCUAGUAGAAGAAUAACUAAAAAUCUAAAGAUUAGAAUACUAAUACCGGCACUUUAACUCAGACAAGCUCGAAUUAGCUUAAAGAUUAAAGAUAGUUUGAUGAUUAAAUUCCAAAAAAGUCUCAUAAAGAUAUUGUCCGACAGGAUAGUUAAAAAAUGGUCUUUGCUUUAAACCAAGCCAAUGACACCUAAAGUAUCAACAAUUUCCCUUUGCCAGCACCUUCGGUUGAUUUUUCUGAUGCUGGAAAUUAAUUAUCUCAAAUGCCGAUUCUAAAUCUUCAAAGAAAUUAAAGUACAAGAAAAUAGGCUUUUAAGGAACCACUCUCCCCAACUAAAAGAGAUUAAGAAAUAGAAGAAUUUUAAAAAAGAAGAAUCUCACUUAAUGAUUUUAUCUAAGGAACUCCAAGUAUUCAGAUGACUUUCUCAAAGCACGUGAGGAAGUUUAACAGAGAAUUACUAAAGGCAACAUGCUAGGUGAUAGGUUGUAAACCUAUAAAUGCUAAUUAGAUAGCGGAGGGAGUAUUUGAUGAGAUUAACUAGAUACUAAAUAAUCUAUCAUAAUCAAUAGAUUUCGAUAUGCAUUUUGACAUCAAAGCCAAAUCAAAUGAAAUUUUUGAAUCUAGUGAGUAGGAGUAAGCCAGAUAAAGUAGCAAGAAUAAGUAUAGUCAAAUUACUACGAUUACAACCUCAGCCCCCUUCUUCAAGUAUGUGCUGAAGUCUAAAAGGAAUAUUCUUGUCCUUCUGGCUGGCACUUCAGGUACUGGGAAGAGUACUCUAGCAUCUUUAUUAGGUAGUAGACUUGGCAUAUCAACAGUUUUAUCUACUGACACAAUCAGACACGUGAUGAGAAAUUUUGUUUCAAAGGAGGAGAACCCAAUAUUAUUUGCCUCAACAUAUGAAACCGCCGCUUUUGCUCCUCCUGACGUAACUUCUGAAAAGAAAAGGACUUUAAUGGGCUAUAAAGAAUAAUGCCACCUCGUCUAACAAGAACUUGAAAAAAUCAUUGACGAUUAUUAAAAGAGGAACGAAUCUCUUGUAGUUGAGGGAGUACAUCUUACUGUGAGAUUUAUUAUUCAAACUAUGAAGAAAUAUCCAUCUUGCAUCCCAUUUGUAUUGUGCAUUAAAAAUGAAGAAAAGCAUAAAGAGAGGUUUGCUGUAAGGACUAAGCACAUGACUAUCGAUCCUAGAUUCAAUAAAUAUAUAAAAAAUGUCAAAAGCAUUAGAAUUAUAUAAAAGCACCUAAUUAAAAAAGCUGAGGCUGCACUUAUCCCAAGAAUUGAUAACUCUAAUGUAGAUAAGUCAUUAGGAUUAAUUCAUGUGACUAUAGUCAGGUGCUUGAGAUAAAUUGCUGAAGGAGCCAUAAUAUUUGAUCAGCAAAGAAAGCAGGCCACAAUUAUGCAUCAUGAGUACAAUUUGAUUUCUAAAAAUUAACUAUCAAGCCGUGAUGCUUAGCAAAUCAUUAAGCAAAAAGUUAAUAAACAUGAAAUACUAGAAAUGUAUAUGCAGAAGACAAAUCCUGAAAUAGAGGAUAAGUUGAAGAAGUAUAAGAGAGGAUAAUCUAUGGGUGAUUUAAAGAAAAAUAAGUUCCGCCCAAAUAAAUCAGCUGCAAAGAAUCCCUCGGAUAAUCAAAGUAAUCCUCAAUAGAAGGAAGACUCUGAUCUUGAUGAUAGUCCAAAGUCAAAGAGUGUCCAUAUCAUUCUGAGAUAGGAUGAAGAAGACAAAGGUCGUAAAAUUACAGAUUAGGAGAAGAAAAAUAUGAAGAAAUAAUUCCUUAAUAUCUAUAAUGAUUUUGCUGAAGAUGAAGGAGGGUUCGAAGAUAGUGAAGCAGCAAAGCUUGCCGCUUAAAGUUCUAAAUAGCCAGUAAAGCCUAAGAAGGAUAAAAAAGAAAAAGUUUAUGACUCAGAAAAAUAAAAGUUAAGAGAUGAAAAAAAGAGAAUCUCAGAUCAGCAAAGGAAAAUUGAGGAAGAAAAAAUUCAGAGUGCUAUAAAUGAGGCGAAAAAAAAGGAAAAGGAAGAACAAGAAAAAAUAGAGGCAGAGACGAAACUGGUUUAAGAAAAUAUUGAAAAAGUAAAAAAUGAAAAAGAUAAGGAAAAAAGUGAAUAAGAAAAGCAGAUGGAAGUGAUACUUAUGAGUAUACCGAAAUCUUAAUCUAUGCAGCUUCCGAGUACAUAGCCUGGAAAACAAUCGAAAUAGAAAUCUGAGAGACAGCUGAUCUAACAAAAUUAAAGCAUGUAGACACCAGAAAAGUUAGACCACUAAUCUGACCGAGAUUUAUCACUUGGAUUGGAUGAAUCAGAGGAGAUUAAGACCGAACUGAAGCGAUAGCCAUCAUAGAAUGGAUCUCCUAUACCUAUAAACAUUAUAAAUAUCAAGGAUCAGAUAAAGAUAGUAGAGCUCUAAAUACAGUAGCAAUCUUCUUAAGAGAUCCCAAAAAUCCUUAGGUUUAAAGUGAAUAAUGAUGACCUUUAAGAUGAAUAAGAAGAAAUGUCUCAAAAGUAUUUAGACCCAAACGCAAUAUCAAAGAAGGUUAAAUUUACUGCUGAAACCAAAUCCAUGACGAGCCUUGAGCAUUUGAAACAGAUGGAAACUAUGGAAGAAAAUAUUUCAAAAAUUAGUUCUGAUGAUGCCUCUCAAGAGCCUCAUUAACUUGGAAGUAAAAGUGUAGGGAGAGUGGCAUUAAAGGAUAAGAAGUAAUACAAGCAAGCGAGCUAGUUUAAAAAGGAGAGAGAAAGAGAGGACUUCAAAUCGUUGGAGCCUGAAAAGUAGCUAGUUGAUUUAGGUUAUAAUCAAAAAAUUAAUAGUCUAGAUGCCUUCAUUCAAAAUGGCUCAACUCCAGAGAAGAUAAAUAUAUAAGGCGUUACUGAUUUAAAAGCAUAGUUUUAAUCUAGAUUAAGACUUCCUGGUGGAGGAUCAAGGAGAGCUAAAGGUAAAAAGAAAGGUGGACUAAGAAGUGCUAAUCUUUUUACGUAGUAUAGUUUUGGAGGUGGAACCUCAAAUAGUUAGACUCCUGGAAUUAGAGGUACACACAAUUUGAUGUAAAAUUAGAGCCCUCAAAGUUAAGUCUUUUCAAGUCACAUCCCAAUCAAUCAUUAAUAAACUGAUACUAAUCUAUCUACAAUUACUUAAGGAAAGUAAAUUAGAGCAAUCCCAGAAUAAUAGCCUCAUGAUGAUAAUUAAAGUUAAUAUUCUGGCAACAGUGGGCUUGCGCCAUCACUUGUAUCACAUACCAUAAACUAUUUCCCUUAGGGUAAAAAUAUCAAAUUUUUAUAGUUAUAGGCGGUAGAACAGAAGAAGACAACUAGAGUGCAAUGCCUGAGUAAUCAAAUGAAAGCGGAGGUAGCUCCGAGGAUACCACUUCUAUGCAUGUAGAGGAUUCAUUUCAUGAGUAAAUUCUAUAUUAUUUAUCAUAUUCCUAGUCCAAUAAGUGAAGAAGUCAGCUAUUCGUAAUCAACAGAUAGCGAUCACGAAGAGGAAAAUGUAACUGAUGUAAUUUAAUAAAAAGAGGCAAGUUUUAAUAACUAAGCUUAAUCUAAUAAUAACUAAAACCCUAUUGCAAACUAGACCCAAAUGAUAAAAAAUUCUAGUUCAGGUAGUGGUAGCCCAUAGAAAGAGAGUAUCUUAAAGGAUUUGAUGCCUUUACAUGAUGAUGAUUCCCACUUCUUCCAAUACAGCAAUCAAGAAAAUUCAGGCUCUCCAAACUUAACUGCUGUCAAAAAGUACUCGCACGAGACUUUUGCUAUCUAGAUGAGAUAGGAGUAAAAUGACACACUAUGA